UGCUCAGUAAACUCUGCCAGGGCAAUCACGUCUACAACCCGCCCCCGCCGCGGAGGUGCCGGGUGAAGCCUGGGACACGGCGAGUCUCCUUUUCUCCUGUGCUACUUUGGGGUGUGCUUUGGGGGGGGGGGGCUAGGACCCAACUAAAGAAGACCAGGACCCUGGGCCCUGCCGCGGUGCGUCCACCCCCACAUCUCCCGGCGCCAAGGCUGCUUGGGCCCAAGGGUGUUGUUUCCUUGUCCCGCCUCCUCCUGGUCCCUGGCCCAACAUGAUACUGACCAAAGCCCAGUACGACGAGAUAGCCCAGUGCCUAGUGUCUGUACCGCCCACCAGGCAGAGCCUGAGGAAGCUGAAGCAGAGGUUCCCCAGUCAAUCGCAGGCCACUCUGCUGAGCAUCUUCUCCCAGGAGUACCAGAAACAUAUUAAAAGAACACAUGCCAAACAUCAUACUUCGGAAGCAAUUGAAAAUUAUUACCAGAGGUACCUGAAUGGAGUGGUGAAAAAUGGAGCUGCCCCAGUGCUCCUUGAGCUGGCCAAUGAGGUGGACUAUGCACCCUCAUUAAUGGCUCGGAUUAUACUGGAGAGGUUUCUACAGGAACAUGAGGAAACUCCACCUUCCAAGUCUGUUAUAAAUAGUAUGCUACGGGACCCUUCUCAGAUUCCAGAUGGAGUUCUAGCAAAUCAGGUCUAUCAGUGCAUUGUGAACGACUGCUGUUAUGGACCACUGGUGGACUGCAUCAAACAUGCCAUUGGUCAUGAGCAUGAAGUACUGCUGAGAGAUUUGCUUCUAGAGAAAAACCUGUCCUUCCUAGAUGAAGAUCAGCUUCGUGCAAAGGGUUAUGACAAAACACCAGACUUUAUUUUACAGGUUCCAGUUGCUGUAGAAGGGCACAUAAUUCACUGGAUUGAAAGCAAAGCCUCAUUUGGUGAUGAAUGUAGCCACCACGCCUACCUGCAUGACCAGUUCUGGAGCUACUGGAAUAGAUUUGGGCCGGGCUUGGUCAUCUAUUGGUAUGGAUUUAUCCAGGAGUUGGACUGCAACCGGGAGAGGGGCAUCCUGCUCAAAGCCUGUUUCCCCACAGACAUUGUCACCUUAUGCCAUAGCACAGCUUGACCCUGAAGAUCCUGGAAGAGAAGCUUGGAGGAAGAGGUAAAUCCGGAAGCAAUUUUACUUUCCUGCAGCGUAAACUCCUGGCAACAUCUGCCCUGAACUUCAGCUGAACUCUCGCCGCCGUGGUCUCACCACUACCUCUCUAGACAAACAUAUCAGGAGUUUCUGUUUUCCUUCAUCCCUUGCUGAUGUGAACAGCCAAGAACUACAGACACAACCCACUCAUUAUCAGCAUUUCUGUCUCUGUCAAACAGUUAGUUUAUAGAUAGUCAUAAUCUUUCUUCCUUCCGGAUGGUUUCUCCUUGUGUACUGAACAAAAGAAAAAAUGUGGAGACUGAAAGGUGUGAUUUUUCAAUUCUCCUCCCAGUUACCAAAUCAUCUCCUUUUUUUUUUUUUUUUCCUCCCUAAGCUUCCAUUUAUCCCACACCCCCUUCUCUUCAUGUGUACUCACAGGUACCCAUCCUUGCAUUAACUGUCCUGGAAUAACCUAGCCAAACCUACAAAAGCUGAAGACAGAAAAGUCUGAAUCCAAGUUUGGCUGUCACCUGCAGGGCUGCAGCCGACCUAGAUGGUAGCCUAUAUCACAUGCUUAUUCUGCUCAGGCUUUACAAUUUCCUGGCUUCUGUGGCUUUAUGCCAAGCUGCAAAAAUAUACUUGAUGAGAAUUUCCUCUUUGAUAAUGCUUAUUUGAACUCCAAACAUUUUACAUUUAUCUCAUUUAAAAGCAUUGGUUACAUUGUGUCUGGGAGCCACACAUCUUUGGCUUAGAGGCUGAGGGGAGAGGACUGAAAUUCUGGGCCAGCAUUGUCCAGAGUUUAUUUUUAAUCAUGGCUAGCUGUCAGUGCUAAUUUAGCCAGAAUUUUUAUGAGCAACAAUUUUUUAAAACACAUUCCUUACACUGCUUUGUGUCUGCCUUUUAUACCAYAUAAUUUUAUGACACUCAAAUAAUUUAUACAUUAGAAAUGUUCAGCUUUAAAGGACUGAAGUAUACUAGGAAUAAACUUGGAGCAAUUUUUAAAUUAGCAAAAUAAAGGAUAUUUUGUAUUUGCUCGCUUUAAUUUCGCCUUUGUAUACUGCAGACCAGACCAGACACCAGACUUCAGUCUAAAACAAAAUGAAUUAAUUAAAACCUAUCUUUUGGUAAGUUAAAAAUAUAUCAAAAAAUGUGUUUAGCAAAAUAU